AUGAACGGUGAGAAUUUCGGCGCUAGCGAGAGGCUGGUGAACGCGGCCUACGUGCGGCAGGGGGCGCAGGGCCGGCGCGCGCAUGAGCUGCGCCUGCGGGCGUUGCUGGAGCAGGGCAAGUGUCCUGAAGAUGGAUGGGAUGAAAGUACCAUCGAACUCUUUCUUCAUGAACUUGCCAUUAUGGAUAGCAACAAUUUUCUGGGCAACUGUGGUGUGGGUGAGAGGGAAGGAAGAGUGGCAUCAGGAAUGGUUGCCCGUCGGCAUUACAGGUUAAUCCAUGGAAUUGGGAGGUCAGGGGAUAUUUCUGCUGUCCAGCCUAAAGCCGCAGGUUCUAGCCUUUUGAACAAACUUACUAAUUCAGUAGUUCUGGACAUUAUAAAACUGGCUGGUGUCCGGACAGUGACCAGUUGCUUUGUGGUUCCUAUGGCAACUGGCAUGAGUCUAACCCUGUGUUUCUUAACACUGCGGCACAAGAGACCAAAGGCAAAGUAUAUUAUUUGGCCACGCAUAGAUCAGAAAUCCUGCUUUAAAUCUAUGAUAACUGCAGGUUUUGAGCCAGUGGUGAUAGAGAAUGUAUUAGAAGGUGAUGAGCUGCGCACAGACGUAAAGGCGGUAGAGGCUAAAAUCCAGGAUCUUGGAGCUGAAAAUGUUCUCUGUGUUCAUUCUACUACAUCUUGCUUUGCUCCAAGGGUACCUGACAGACUGGAAGAACUGGCUGUGAUUUGUUCUAAUUAUAACAUUCCUCAUAUUGUCAACAAUGCAUAUGGAGUUCAGUCUUCAAAAUGUAUGCAUCUCAUCCAGCAGGGUGCUCGAGUAGGUAGAAUAGAUGCUUUCAUCCAGAGCUUGGACAAAAAUUUUAUGGUUCCAGUAGGUGGUGCUAUCAUUGCUGGUUUCAAUGAUUCCUUCAUCCUGGAUAUCAGCAAGAUGUACCCAGGAAGAGCAUCAGCAUCUCCUUCCUUAGAUGUCCUCAUUACACUACUGUCCCUGGGUGAAAGUGGUUAUAGACAGCUACUAAAAGAGAGAAAGGAAAUGUUUUCCUACCUUUCAAGUCAGCUGAGGAAGCUAGCAGAAGUCUACAAUGAGAGGCUGUUGAACACACCACACAAUCCUAUUUCCUUAGCUCUGUCUCUAGAGAACCUAGAUAAACACAGUGACAUGGCUGUUACUCAGCUUGGAUCUAUGCUUUUCACAAGACAAGUGUCAGGAGCAAGGGUGGUUCCCCUUGGGUCUUUGCAAACAGUGAAUAACUACACUUUCAAAGGCUUUAUGUCACAUACAAAUUACUAUCCCUGUGCUUACCUCAAUGCUGCUUCAGCAAUUGGAAUGAAAAAGCAAGAUGUAGAUCUGUUCCUAAAAAGACUGGAUAAGUGUAUGAAGACUUUUAGGAAAGAAAAGAGCAAUGGAAAAGAUGUGCCUGAAAUGGAUAACUGUACUAAACAUACAAGUGCAGGAGAAGCUGAAGACUAGAACAAGAUGCAGAUUUUGGAACACACAAAGUUUGGUGUGUGUUUGGGGGUUGUUUUUUUCGGGGGGAAAGGGGGUUGGUUUUUUUGUUUUGUUUUUGGAUUGUGUGAAGUUUGUAUCCUGUUUGUAUUGUGGAAUAUGCAAUACAGGGAAUGGAAAUUUAAAUUUUAAAAAAACUUGGAUGAAAUUCAGAUUUUAAAAAAUUAUUGAGUAACAUUCAUCGCUGUGCAGACAGCAAACUAUAAGGCUUUUGCACUUCUCAAAACCCACUCAAAUAUUGAAAUAGGGCUUAAAUAGUAUGAAGGCUCUAAGAUGGGUCUUUAGAAAUGAAUUUGCCCCAUUGUGAUUGGAGUUGGACAAAUAUCUGAAGAAAAUUUCAGUGAAUAUUGAUUAAUAUUUUAAACUGAAUUUGCUUUAGCAGUGUUUCGUAUCUCUUCUGAUUUUGCUAUUGGUGUUCAUUUAGCAAACAGUCCUUUUUUGCUCACAAAAAUGUCUCUGGAAUGAGUGUUCAUACAUGUGUGAGUAUUUGCUCAUGAGUGCAUUCACAGCCAUUUCCUGCUACAUCUCUUUAUGGGCAUGAGAGGGGAGAUAGAUAUUAUUAAAUGAAAUUUUAAAAUAAUGUGAGCAUGAGAUACAAUGGGGAGAGAUGGUUUUUCCAAGUCCCUUUCCUGAUAGUAAUUUGAACAGCUGAAAACUGGAGCAACAUGUUUGAAGUCUGUACAUGUUCUUAGCCGGGGAACACCAUGGAAAGGCACAGACUCCCUAUGGCAAAGGGAAAUCUACAAGGGUGUGUAACAGGGCAAUUUACAAGGAUUCAGCCAAUCUUCAGCCCCUGGAAAGACUUUCAGGGUUGAACAGUCCCACAGGAAGCAUAUGGGGGUAAACAGCAAGGAAAGAAGGGGGCUGCAGUAGGAAGGCAAUGAAAUGGGAAGAUCUCCCCUCCCUCUUGCAUUUGAUUUGUGCCUUAAUAAUUGCUCUCCUGAAUAGGAGAAAUCAGUGGACCUGAAGUAAUGGGAGAUUUGGUUCUCCUAUGGGCCCUAAGGAGGGACAGCAGAUAUUCAUGGGGACUCCAAGGAUGUUAGAUUUACUCCAGCACUUGGAUAAAUUUGGAGACCAUGCCUCCUAAUUCUGAACCAUCUCCUGUGGGUGGUGCUGCUGCUGCCCCAACUAUAUUCAGUCACUGACUGAACCGGUUAGCCUAGCUAAGGGCUCAUAUCACUGAGUUUGCUUUUGUUGGCUUAGGCUUGUAAAGUUUUUCAUUUUAAAAAAGAAAUUAAAACGGGAUUCAUGUGGUAUAUGCAGAGUGGCAAUUUGGUUAAAUUAAAGAUAUUCCAAAUCCAUUUAUUGGCUGAGUGGAGCAAGAUCUAACGCUCAACUCAGUGGCAUUUCUGUGUUUGUCUGUAAUGUGAUAACUUUGGUAUGCCACAUCUGAUCAAUUUUAAAAAUAAUGGAAUGUUCUAGGCAUCCGUGGGCACACUUCUAUUAGUUCUGGUGGAAAUCAAAACACCAGAAGUGCCUGAUUCAGAGGAAAAUCAGGGCCACAGACUGCCUGUUGCCACAGGCAGAGGAAUCUCUGCUGCCCCCUGUGCAUAGCAGAGGCAGCAGCUUAACCUGUUGAGGGGGAAGACUGUAGCCUGGACUCUAACAGAAGUGAGAGCUUUCCAGACAUGGUAUAUAUGGGGGGGUGGGAGGUGGAGAGAGUCCAGUGCAUAGGGGAGGAGUAGGGACCCAGAGAGGGAGGGGGUCAGGGUGAGGGUAUGCAGCAGGGACCAGAGGGAUGGGACAGUCGUGAUGGGUGAAGCAGGGACCCAGAAGCGGGGGAAAGAGAGAUGGAGAGGGAAGGAAGCAGGGACCCAAAGAGGGCUGGGUGGGGGGGAAAGCAGGAUCUGCAAGAGAAUGUAGGGAUGGGGAAUGGUGGUGGUGAGGGAAGCAGGGGCCCAGAGGGGAGAUGAGGGGAGGAGAAAGCAGGGUUGUGGAUGGGGAGUCAGGAGGGGCAAACCAUAAAUACUUGAGGGUGGGGAGCAAGGACCUGGAGAGUGGGGAAUAGUGGUUGGGAGUGUAACAAGGCAUAGCAGGGCCCCCCUUGGUUCUGCCUCUGCUCUGCUCCAAAAACCACUCCAAGACCACCUGGCUCGGCAGUCACCAGUGCAGUUUAUUUGCAUAGUGCCAUCCCACCAUCUUCUCACCAGGUGUACAGCUUGGGGAUUCCAGCCUUGAGGACUUCUUAGUCUCUGGACUCAGGAGGGCAGAGCUACCACACUCCUUCCUUGGCUCCCCUCCCCCUGCCUUUGGGCCUGUAUAUAGAACCAGGCUAAUCAGGCUGGCAGCUGUUUCUCCUUUGCCAAUCAGCCACUGGUUUACCUCCUUUAAUUGGAGCUGGAGUGACAGAGGGCUGGCUCAGUCAUUUCUGCUGAGCACCCUGUCACAGGGAGGGAGAUAUGCAGGGGACACACACAGACCAGAGCAAUGGGGGUACACACUGAGCCCCUGGUAUGAGGAAAGGGGUGGAGGAGUUGUAGGGAGACCCUGAAAUAGAGGAGGAUGCAGUAUGACA